AUGUUUCAACUGAAUGAAUUGGAAGAAUCGCGUUUGCUUGCCUAUGAGACAUCCAGAUCAUACAAGGAACGAUCCAAGUUUUACCACAACAUGCGUAUCAGGAAGAACAAAGAAUUCGCUGAAGGAGAUAAGGUGUUGUUAUUCAAUUCCAGACUGCGACUAUUCCCAGGAAAGCUUAAAUCGCGAUGGACGGGGCCAUAUAUUGUUACAAAGGUUUUCCCUUACGGAACUUUGGAAAUCAUGCAUCCCGAGAAAGGAACUUUCAAAGUAAACGGCCACCAAGUCAAGAAAUACUAUGGGAUGGAAAAUGCGCAGGGGAUAGUCCAGUGUUGCAGGCUAGUACCCUGGGAUGCUGAGUAA